GCAAGUAGAGAGCGAAGGGUGGGAAUGGAGAAGUGGAGAGAGUAAAGUGGGAAGAAGGGAGAGACAGAGAAAGAGAGAAGAGAGGCGAACUGGUUGGUGCACAGUCACGUAUCGUAAUGUCAGUAUAGAGGCACCGCUUCGGCAGAAAAGGCACGCGAGUAGCUAGGACCCUCGAGGCGGACUGAAUGAGAAUUUGGUAGCAACCGGUAUGAUGUUUCUGAAGAUCGUGCCUUGCACGAUGCUGUGUUACUUGGCCGCAGCAGCGUUACUCGGCGUGCUUCUGUUUCUGCUAGCGGUGUACGCUUACGCUCAGUACACGUUGGGAAUCUGCAAGAGCAAGAACAGAAUGGACGGGAAAACUGUGAUAGUGACUGGAUGCACUUCCGGUAUCGGUAAGGAGACAGCGAGGGACAUCGCGAAAAGAGGGGCCAGGCUGAUCAUGGCCUGUCGAAACGUGGACGCCGCGGAAACAGUAAAAGAGGAGUUCGUGAAGGAGUCGAAGAACGAGAACAUCGUCGUCCGAAAAUUGGACCUCUCCUCGCUGGCCUCGGUCAGAGAGUUCGCGCAGCAAAUAAAUCGCGAGGAGAACAGGUUGGACGUGUUGAUCCACAACGCGGGGACCGCGGAGGUGUUCAGGAAGAAGGUUUCUGAGGACGGUCUGGAGAUGACCAUGGCGACCAAUCACUACGGUCCAUUUUUGCUUACUCAUCUUCUGAUAGGUAAGCUACUUUUUUUUCGGCGACCCUCGGUUCAUGUUAAUCACUGUCCAUUGUACACGGUACUGUCAACAGACCUGUUGAAGCGAUCGAAACCGAGCCGCAUAGUCGUCGUCGCCUCUUCACUGUACGUUUUUGCAAGACUGAACCUGGAAAACGUGAACCCGACGACAUCCUUGCCCGGGUACCUGUACUACGUUUCUAAAUACGCGAACAUCGUGUUCUCAUUGGAGUUGGCGAGGCGUCUUCAAGACUCCGGCGUCACUGUCAACUGUUUGCAUCCUGGCCUGAUGAACACCGGCAUCUGGAAGAACGUCCCGCCACCGAUGUCCUGGAUACUGAACUUCAUGCUGAACACCUUCUCCAAAUCCCCGGAGCAAGGAGCACAGACGACCAUACACCUGGCGGUGUCCGAGGAACUGGAACAAGUUACCGGCAAAUACUUCUCGGACUGUCAGGAGUCGACUCUCACCCGCGGCAUACAAGACCCGUCGAAAGGCAAGAAGUUCUGGGAGUUAAGCGAGACCAUGGUGAAACUGCAGCCUACGGAUCCGAAGAUUUAGGGAUCCGAGUGUUUCCUCCAAAGUAUUUAAGAACUUCCGUCGCAAGUUCAGCUAUUGUUACUUAAUAUAUGUUUAAUAACGACAACGAAGUGACGAUAAUAA